UGGUUGGGUUCGGCGACCCGCUCAGUGGAAGGGCUCUCGCUUUUGGUGGUUAUGGCUGAAAGGAUUGAACAACGCAUUGAGGACCGAAUUCCGGAGCUAGAGCAGUUGGAGAGGGUUGGGCUUUUCACUCGCAAGGAAGUCAGGGCUGUCAUUAAGAAGGUCUCAGCUCUUGAAUAUAAAAUACAACGGAGAGUACUUCACAAGAAAGACUUUAUUAGUUAUAUACAGUAUGAAAUCAAUCUCUUGGAACUGAUUAAGACAAGAAGAUUGCGUAUUGGAUAUUCAUUUAAGAAAGAAGAGAUUGAAUACUCUAUUGUGCAGAGAAUACACGGCAUUUUCAAACGUGCUACAGCAAAAUGGAAGGAGGACCUUCAGCUGUGGCUGUCUCAUGUUGCAUUUUGCAAGAAAUGGAACAAGAAAAUACAGCUGAGCAAAGUGUUUUCUUCCAUGUUAGCCCUUCAUCCCAAUAAACCAGCUUUGUGGAUCAUGGCUGCAAAAUGGGAGAUGGAAGACCGCCUGUCAUCUGAAAGUGCCCGGCAGUUGUUCCUUCGUGCGUUGCGUUUCCAUCCAGAAUCUCCUAAACUUUAUCAAGAGUAUUUUAGAAUGGAGCUGAUGCAUGCAGAAAAGCAAAGGAAAGAGAAGAAAGAAUUUGAGCAAGCAAAGAUAGAUUUAGGUGAGUUCAGUUUUUCUGAGGACAUUCUUAAUGCUGAACUGGCUAGAAUUGUCUACAGAAAUGCCAUUCAGAAAAUUAAAGGGGCAGAGUUUGCACUGUCGCUUUUGUCAAUUGCAAAACUUUUUGAUUUUACACAAGACCUUCAAAAAGAAAUUCUAGAACACUUGCAGGCAGCAUAUGACAACGAUCCUCUUGUGUGGGAUUUCAUGGGACGGCGGGAACUGGAGAUGGAAUCCCUGCCUUCUUCAGAAUAUAAGUCGAAACAGUCAAAGGCUCUAGAGGUUGCCCGCAAAGAAGAACAGUGUUGCACUGUAUUUGAGGAGGCAGUCACACACCUUCCCACUGAGGAAAUGUGGAAGUGUUAUGUCACUUUUUCCCUGGAAAGAUAUAACCGGAAGACCAACAGUGAAGACCUAAGGCAAAAGAGGCUGGAAAGGGUACUUAAUGUUUUCAGCCGAGCUCAUGAAUCACAAUUGCUGCCAGCUUCUCUCUAUAAACAGUGGAUUCAGCUCCUACUGGAGCUCAGUCACCAAGACAAGGCCAAAGAGGUGGCAGCGGCAGCAACAAACCAUUUCAGCCAGUUGGUGGACAUGUGGGAAAUGAGGUUGCAGUUGCUGCUGACGCUGAAGAGCAGUGAAAUGGCUGCUUGUUCCCAAGAGGCUUUUAAAGUGGUUAAAGCUAAGGACACCUUGCCACUAUGGAUUUUAUGGCUAGAAUGGAGUGAAAGUGUCAGUAGCAAGGCUGAAACUGAAGCCCUCUAUCAGAGAUCUUUACUUGCCAUAGUUCCUGCUGACUCCGUAGCCUUGAAAGAAAAGUACCUGGAGUGGGCUCACAGGACCGGUGGCUAUAAGAAAGCAAAGCAAGUCUUCACCAGUCUGAGGGAAUGCCGUCCAUUUUCACUCCAGUUCUUCAAGAAAAUGAUUCAGAUUGAAAAGGAACAAGAAUCCAGUAAAAUAUUUAAUAUCCGAGAAUUUUAUGAACGUGCCUUGAGGGAAUUUGGUGCUACAGAACCUGAUCUUUGGCUGGAUUACAUUAAAGAAGAGCUGAAUCAUUCCCAAGGCAAACCAGAGAACUGUGGCAGUAUUCACUGGAGAGCUAUGAAGACGCUGCAGGGAGAACAAGUGGAAACAUUUAUUUCAAAGUAUACAUUGCUGCAAGCUGGGCACCUGUGAGAAAUGUAUUGCUGAUGAUUGUCAGAAGGACUACAUAACCCAUUUUUGCCCCCUAAAUACUUUGUUACAUUGUUUUCUUCUAAUGGCAAAUUAAUCUCAGUUUGUUAGUCAAACAACUAUGGGAACUCUUGGCUUUUUGUUGAGUCAGGUGUUUAUAUUACAAUUAAUGUUUACUUGGAAUUUUAAAGUGAUAUAAAAAGAAGGCCUAGGAGUAUGGGCAGGGAAAUACUUUAGCCCAGAGUGGUUGUAUUGAGCUGAGGUUGUAAAAUGAAUGAUAACAGUAUUUUUUUUUACAUUUUACUUCAUUUAUUACUUGGUUGAUUCAAAAUUAUCUGGCAGAGGAUUUUUAAAAAGAUUUUUAAGAGCCCCCAUGGCUCAUUCCCCAGAAUAAUAUCUAGAGUUCAAUUCUCUUCUCUCAAGGGUGUGUGUGUGUGUGUUUGUGUGUGUGUUCUUCACUACUUUUUUUGAGUAGAAUGAAUUAAUGAAUAAAUAAAUGCUACUCAAAAAAAGUAGUGAAGAACAUUUGGAAGUUAGAACCUAUGUAACUGGAACCAGCAGAUCCUCCCCCUUUUGAACAGAGACUGAUACUAAAAAAUUGUUCUUUAUUAAAGUCUUUUAUAUUUACAGCCAUGUGGUCCAGAUGGGUUAGACUACAGCUCCCAUUUUCCUCUGUUCCCAAACCUGCAUAAUGGGAGUUGUAGUCCAGUACAUGUGAAAAAAUUACUUUGGGAAUGGUUGUACUAACCAGUUAAAUUCUGUUUAAUGAAUAAUUAAUGUGUUGGAAUGCUCUUCCCUGGAUAAAUUAUUUUACUUGUUACUAAAUAAUUGCGUGUCUAACAUCCAUACUUCCUCCACACUACUAGAUUUAACAAAAAUGUAACAGUUGGACCAUAUUUUAGAUUUUAAUAAAUAUACAUAUAAACAUACUUUCAGGGAAAGUGGAAAAACAAUUCUGAGUUUAUUUUGGUAUUGUUUCAUGCUAUAAUAUAUCUAUGUUGAUAGUGCCUAUCAAAUAGUGCCUAUUUGUAUUUUGUACUAUUAUGGUGGAACUGGAUUUCAGUCUGGCUAGUGAAUAGAAAGUAGUUGUCUACCAAGCAAAAAAUGCAAAAUGGUCCAUAUACAAAUUGUUCUGGGAACAGCUAGUUUGGGGCAGUUUGUAUUGAAACCGAAACAUGCCUGCUUGGUGUUUUGGUGCGGUGGGGUGGGGUGGGGGGCGGUAAGAACAGAAAGAAGUUUAAGUGAACAGAAGUUGACACAACUUGUACCAAGUUAAGCACAACAUUUUUCUUCAAAUUUGAAUGCAUACUCAUUAUGUACAUAUUCAAAAUAAAAAACUGAAUAUGUCAAGUGUAAAAGUUUA